ACCCCAGACCCAGACCGUAUACACAACGGUGUAAAGUGCCUCCUCAACACAGACCCCAGACCCAGACGUUAUACACAUCAUCACACGGGUGGUAAGAGUGCCUCCUCAACACAAGACCCCAGACCCAGACCGUAUACACAUCAUCACACGGUGGUAAGUGCCUCCUUAACACAAGACCCCAGACCCAGACCGUAUACACAUCAUCACACGGGUGUAAGAGUGCCUCCUCAACAGACCCCCAGACCGUAUACACAUCAUCACACGGUGGUAAAGUGCCUCCUCAACACAAGACCCCAGAGACCCGUACAUCAUCACACACGGGUGAGAAGUGCCUCCUCAACACAAGACCCCAGACCCAGACCAUAUACACAUCAUCACACGGGUGGUAGUGCCUCCUCAACACAAGACCCAGACCCAGACCGUAUACACAUCAUCACACGGGUGGUAAAGAGUGCCUCCUCAACACAAGACCCCAGACCCAGACCGUGUACACAUCAUCACACGGGUGGUAAAGAGUGCCUCCUCAACACAAGACCCCAGACCCAGACCGUGUACACAUCAUCACACGGGUGGUAA